AUGGCGAGCAGUCUCAUCGAGGAUGUGGUGAGGAAGUUGAGCGUCGCAGAGAUCGAGCCUCGUAUCAAGGUCGAGGCCGCAUCGGCGCUGCGCGACAGUCUUGACCAUUACACCAGCGGCCCCGCAUACCCGAUCUUCCUGAAGCGAUUGAUGCCGAUAUUCGUCAACAUCCUCCGCCAACCAUGCAUCCUCUACACCUCCACCCCCGAACAGACCAACACGCAAAAGCUGCGCAACUGCUUGCUCGAGAUCUUCCACCGAUUGCCCACCUCGUCGUCCCCGACCGAACCGUUCGAGCCGUACGCCGAGGAAGUGGUAGAUUUGCUGAUGCAGCUGGUCCGGAACGACAACGAGGAUAAUGCCGUGCUCUCCGUGAAGAUUAUCUCCGACAUCAUGCGCCACCAGCACAAGCUGAUGGCCAACAAGGUCCAGGGGUUCCUGUCCCUGAUCCAAGAGCUGUUCCAGCAGCUGAGCCGCGUCGUCCGGGAGCAGCUCGACAACACCCCCCCAGCCGCCGCCCCGACAGUACCGCCGUCUACGCCGGGGAGUACACAUACCAGCCUGCUUCCACAUCAGCAGUCGCCGAGGGCGGGCUCACCAGCGGCCGUGGGGGCCGAUUUCAACGUCGAUGCAGGCCAGCAGUCGAACCGCAACUUGCUGAAGGGGAUGCAGUCAUUUAAGGUCUUGGCUGAGUGCCCGAUCAUCGUCGUUUCGAUUUUCCAGGUGUACCGCGGGAGCGUCGCGCAGAAUGUUAAGGCCUUCGUGCCCCUGAUUAAGGAAGCCCUGCAGUGCCAGGCCAUGGCGCAGGAGCAGGCACACGCCGACGCGGCCGCGAAAGGCACCAUCCAUACGGGCGUCAGUCCCAAUAUCAAGAACCGCGCGGCAUUUGGGGAGUUCAUUACGGCCCAGGUCAAGACGAUGAGCUUUUUGGCCUACCUGCUCCGGCAGUAUGCUAAUUUGCUGUCCGACUUUUUGGCGAGUCUCCCUGACAUCACUGUUCGUCUGUUGAAGGAUUGCCCGAGGGAGAAGUCAGGGGCACGUAAGGAGUUGCUCGUGGCGAUACGGCACAUUAUCAACUUUAAUUUUAGGAAAAUCUUUCUACCCAAAAUUGACGACUUGCUGGACGAGCGAACGCUUAUCGGCGACGGCCUGACCGUCCACGAAACGAUGCGGCCCCUAGCGUUCAGCAUGCUCGCAGACCUCAUACACCACGUCCGGGAGAGCCUGUCGCCCGAGCAGAUCCGGAAGACGGUCGAGGUCUACACGCGGAACCUGCAGGACAACUUCCCGGGCACCAGCUUCCAGACGAUGAGCGCCAAGCUCCUCCUUAAUAUGGCUGAGUUCAUCGCCCGUCUGCCGAACAAGGUCGAUGCGCGACACUACCUCAUUAUGAUCCUCAACGCCAUCGGCGACAAGUUUGCUGCCAUGAACAGGCAAUAUUUGAACGCUGUGAAACUCUCUAAGCAGUACGAUCAGUUGGCCAUUGAUAACACACCCGAGACCUAUCUUCCCGAUAAGGAGACCCCGCCGGACUGGGACGAGGUCGAUAUCUUCAACGCCAUGCCGAUCAAGGCGUCGAACCCGCGGGACCGCGCGGCCAACCCGGUCGUUGACAACAAGUUUCUCUUUCGGAAUCUGAUGAACGGGCUCAAAAACACCUUUUACCAGCUCAAAAGCUGCAAUCAGCCGGGGGCCGUCGACCUUACUGGGGCGCCUGCACACUGGACUGACGCCGCGUACGGGUUCACCGCCGAGGAGGUCAACGUGAUCGUCAAGCUCUUCCGCGAGGGCGCUUAUGUGUUCCGGUACUACGAGAUAGAAAAGCCGGCGGCCGAGUCACCCUACAGCUCGCCCGUGGAGUACAUGGCCAACUUCUACAUGAUUUCUAGUAGCAAGGAGGAGAAGGACCUACUCGAGACGUUCGCCACGGUCUUCCAUGCCAUCGACCCGGCCACGUUCCACGAGGUAUUCCAGCAAGAGAUCCCACGACUUUACGACAUGAUUCACGAACAUACUGCUCUACUUCAUAUCCCCCAAUUCUUCCUCGCCAGCGAGGCCACUUCGCCCAGUUUUUGUGGUAUGCUCCUGCGCUUCUUGAUGGAGCGCAUUGAGGACGUGGGCUCGGCCGACAUCAAGAAGUCGUCGAUUCUGCUUCGUCUGUUUAAGCUUGCGUUUAUGGCGGUCACUCUGUUCGCCUCGCAGAACGAGCAGGUACUGCUCCCCCACGUUGUCGACAUUGUCACCAAGUCGAUUGAGUUAUCGACCAAGGCCGAGGAGCCGAUGAACUAUUUCCUCUUGCUGCGAUCUCUGUUCAGGAGCAUCGGCGGCGGCAAGUUCGAGCACCUCUACAAGCAGAUUCUUCCACUGCUAGAGAUGUUGCUCGACGUGUUGAACAACCUCCUCCUGGCGGCCCGCAAACCCGCCGAGCGGGAUCUCUACGUCGAGCUCUGUCUGACGGUGCCGGCUCGUUUGAGCAACCUGCUACCGCAUCUCAGCUUCCUCAUGCGCCCGCUGGUGGUCGCCCUGCGUGCAGGCACGGAUCUGGUCGGCCAAGGACUGCGUACGCUCGAGCUCUGCGUUGACAAUCUCACGGCUGACUACCUGGAUCCCAUCAUGGCGCCCGUGAUCGAUGACCUUAUGACCGCCCUCUUUGAUCACCUGAAGCCUCACCCUUACAGCCAUUUUCAUGCUCACACAACCUUGAGGAUCCUGGGCAAGCUGGGCGGGCGGAACCGGAAAUUCAUGACGGACGCGCUGCCUGUGACGUUCCAGGAGUACGUCGAUGACCGGACGAGCUUCGAUGUCCGUUUGAUUGGGUCCAAGCGGGACAGGGCGUUCCCGGCGCACCUUGGCGUGGAGCUUGCUAUCCAAAAGCUGAUGGAAGUCCCCCGGCCGGCCAAGGGACCACAGCCGUCGGCGUCGAAGCAGUACGAUCCUUACUACAAGCGGCAGGCGCUGAGCUUGAUCAUUGCGCAGGUCAAGUUGCGCGUGGGAUUUGACAACUUGCCGGACGACCUCCCCCGGAUUCUCCGGCUCCAGGUGCAGGAUCUCAUCGGACGCAACAAGUCGGUCGACAUUUCGCCGUUUGAGACGUCAGACCGGGAGCGCUCGACGGCGAAGAAGGACGACGAGGAACAACUCCUCAAGCGGCUCAUCAAGGCGCUCAUGUACGCGCAAUCCAUGCCUGAGUUCAAGGCGGAGGUGGAUGCACUGCUGCUCAACCUAGCACGCCACUUUACCAUUCUCGAGGUCGGCCGGGCGCUGGUCGACAUGAAGCGGGCGUACAGUCCCUUCGACACCAAGUCGGGCGACGGCCCGCUGUUCCUCGACAGCCGGGUCCUGUCGGACGCCAUCUUGGAGUCGUUGGCCUCGGAGAACGUGGACAUUCGCGACGCGGCGGAGCGUCUGAUCAAGGAGAUGCACAGCUCGGCCGUCAUUAUCUUUGGGUCGCCUGCGCAUGUGGCUCGUCUGACACUGUUCAACAGCCUGGCAUCCACGUUCUGCCAUGGGUGUUACCAAGAAGAGUGGUUCACCAAGACGGGCGGGACGCUCGGCAUCAAGGCGCUCCUGACGGAUGUCGAGCUCGGCGAUCUCUGGGUCGCGGCCAAGCAGAUCGAUUUCGUCCGUGCGCUCAUGUAUGUCAUCAAGGACAUGCCGCAGGAUCUGCCGGAGAAAACAAGGCGGUCGGCACAGGUCACGCUGGAGGCUCUCUUGACUAAGCUCACCAAGAAUAUAAAAAAGGCGGACUGUCUUCCUGCGCCCCCAGCAUCCGCUGCCACGGCUGGGGGUGCGGCCCAGCCGCUGCCGCAACCGCAACCGCAUCCCAAACACUCGCGCAUGGCCCAGAUCGUCAUGAUGCUCAACGGGGAGCUGUCGCAUAUGAACCGACACGUCCGGGAUACGGCAAGGCGGUCGCUGGAGUUGAUUGCCAAGGCUUCGGGGGCCGAGGUCUGGGAACUGGUCGAGCCGCAUCGCAAGCAGCUGCUGCAACCUAUCUACGCCAAGCCGCUGCGGGCACUACCCUUCGCCAUUCAGAUCGGCUUUAUCGAUGCCGUGACCUACUACAUGUCGCUGAAACGCGACUUUGUGGCCUUUGACGAGAACCUGAACCGGCUACUGAUGGAGUCGCUGGCUCUAGCGGACGCUACCGACGAGUCGCUGGCCGGCAAAACGCUCGAGUUCCGCACGCACGACUUCAUUGUGAACUUGCGGGUGUCGUGCAUUAAGAUCCUCAGCAGCGCCAUGUGCUUUGACGAGUUCGGCAGCGGCACUAACAACCCGACCCGGCUCAAGGUCGUCUCGGUGUUCUUCAAGUGUUUGUACUCGGACUCCACGCCGACCAUUGAGGCUGCCAACGACGCGCUCAAGCUGGUCCUGCAGCAUACGAAUAAGCUUCCUAAGGACCUGCUGCAGUCCGGCCUUCGGCCUGUGCUGGCUAGUCUCCAGGAUGCUAAGCGCUUGACUGUUCAUAGUUUGGACAAUCUUGGUCGGUUGCUGCGGCUGUUGACGACGUACUUCAAAGUUGAGAUUGGGGCGCGGUUACUGGAGCACGCUAGGCAGAUAGCAGAGCCUGCGUUCUUGCAACAGAUCUCGUUCACGUUUUUCGAGCAGCACAACUCGCUGAAGGUGAUUGCGGCGAUCUUCAACAUCUUCCACCUGCUUCCGGACGCGGCCAAGCAGUUCAAGGAGCGGGUCAUCGACAACGUGCUGGACCUCGAGGAGAAGCUGCGCCGCACGCACCACAGCCCGUUCCGGCUGCCGGUGUACAAGUACCUCAACAAGUACCCGUCGGAUGUGUGGGCGUUUAGCCUGGCCAAGCUGGAGGAGCUCAAGUACGGCCGGUUCCUGUCGCAGGUGUUGCGCCACGCAGACAGCGGCGUGUUGCGAGAUUGGGGGGCGGCUAAUGUUGAGUUCAUCAUCAAGACGUGCAACAACAGUAUCUCGCAGGGCCGGGACAGCCGGUUCACGGCUAUUAUUAACACCAUCAAUAUGCUGGACGCGCUGUGUCAGUUCCCCAACACGCUGUCAUGGCUGGACAACAAGGAGCAUAUCGACUGGCUGAAGACGGUUGGUAAGGAGCUGGAGCGGAAUCUCAAGGCGAACUCGCUGCCACCGAACUUGCGUCUGCCGGCUGACCAGGCCUCGGAGCAGCUCAUGGCGAUACUGACGAAGGCGCUUGCAAGGAACCCCAAGGAGCUGGAUCCGCUGUUUGGGCUGAUUGAGUCCAUCACGGCCGAUGACUUCCGCGAGUCGCCGGCCUUGCUGUCGCACAUCUACAAGCAUGUUGUGUGCAACGAGUCGAUUGAUUUCUGGAGGACGACAGUCCUGCGUUGUCUGGAGGUGUACGCUGGGAAGACUGCGUCGCAGCGGACAAAGUGGUAUCUCCUGCACAAUAUUGUGAAUCCCAUCGUUGCGAUGGACGUGAUGCGGCACUGGAACAAUGGUGAAUCGACGACAACGGUCAACAAUAAGAGUCCUCGAUUCCUAGACAAGUCGGUCAUCGACUCGAUCAACACCAAGAUCUGGAAGGUCAACCUGCCAGAUCCGCAAGACGAUCUCGUGCAGCCACGCAUCGACCACACGCGCAUGGAGGUGCUCCAGCUCUCGGCCAUGAUCGUCAAGUACCACCACUCGAUCCUACAGGACGCGCGGAAAGACUUCAUCAAGUUUGGGUGGGCCUACAUCCGACUGGACGAUGUCAUCAACAAGCACGCGGCGUACGUGGUCAUCGGGUACUUUAUCGCGCACUACGAGACUCCAGCCAAGAUUGUCACGCAGAUCUACAUCUCGUUGCUCAAGACGAACCAGAACGAAGGGCGGGCGCUUGUGACGCAAGCGCUCGAGUUGAUGGCGCCGGUCAUGCCGAAGCGCUGCAACACGGCGUUGACGGACCGUAACCCGGUGUGGGCGGUCGCGCCGCGGCGGAUCUUGGCCGAGGAGAGCCAGAACGUGCAGCAGAUGACGUGCAUUUUCCACUUCCUGGUGCGACAUCCGGACCUGUUCUACCACACGCGCGACAAGUUUGCCAUGUUGAUCAUCCAGUGCCUGCGCAAGGUCGCGUCGCCGCCGAACCCGUCCAACGAGAGCCGGAAGCUGGCACUUAACAUGAUGUGGCUAAUCUGGCAGUGGGAAGAGCGGCGGGUCGAGGGGAAACUGAGCGAGCCCCUGCGCGCGGUGUCGGAGUCGCCCAACACCAAGAAGAGGAAGUUGGGGGGUGAGUUGGUGACAGCUUCGUCGCCUUCCACUGCAAGGCAGCAGCCGGAGAAAGCCGAGUUCCAGAUCCCGCUGAUAGGCCGACAGAAGAUGGUUAAGUACCUGGUCGAGUUCAUCGCGCAGCUUAAUGAGCGGUACCAGCUUCCCUCGGCCAAACCGCGCGACCCGACAUUGCCCGUGCUCCCCUCGCCAACGACGGAGCUGUGCAAGAAGGCCAUGACGCUGCUGUACAACCUGCUGCAGCCGCAGUACUGGGGUGACCUGGAAAUGGACCUGUUCCCCAACGUCACGGAUGUGGUGCUGGCCAGCGAGAAGUCGGCCGGGUUGCUCGCGGGGGAUCCUUCGGAGACGGAAAAGGGCGACGAGAAGUUUAUUACGAACAUCAUCAACACGCUGCAGGUGGUGCGCAUCAUCCUCAACUUCCAGACGGACGAGUGGAUCCUCAAGAACAUGACGCACGCGCAAAAGAUCCUGGAGAAGUGCCUCAAGUCGGAGAACCCGGAGGUCCAGGACUGUCUGCACGUGGCCGACAAAAAGUAUGAUGGCGGGCGGGACAUCAAGCCGAUCGUGCGGCGGAUUCUGGAUGCGGUGCCUAAGGACGUGCCAAUGGAGGAUGCCGAUGCGGACGGGGAGUCGGAGGCGCAGACCUCGGAAAUCAUCGCCUUCUUCUCCGGGAUCGCGACGGAGAGCAUGGCCGCGUCGAACUACGUGUCGGGCAUCAACGUGCUGUGGUCGCUGGGCAACUGCAAGCCGUCGACGAUCGACCAGCACAUCACCGCCAUCAUGAAGUCCCUACAGACAAAGCUCGCGCGGGAUCAUGUCUCGCACUACGCCGCGCUGGCGCACCAGGCCAGUGGGAUCCGCCCCCCGCAGCAGGAUCCCAACGCGCCGACCGAGAUGAACGCGUACGACCUCGAGAUCCAGACGGGGCUGAUCCUCAAGGCUGUCGAGGUCACGUCGAUGCGCAUGGAGAUUCUGGGGGAUAACCGCCGGCCGUUUCUCAGCGUGUUGGCGACCAUUGUGGAGAAGUCGCUGCAUGUGGCGCUGUGCGAGAAGAUCCUGGAGAUGGUGGAGGGCUGGGUGUUCCGGUCCGAGGGGACGUGGCCGACGCUUAAGGAAAAGACGGCUGUGCUGCAUAAGAUGAUCUCGUUUGAGCACCGCCAGGACCCGACGAUGCUGAUGCGGUUUUUGGAUCUCGUGCUGCGCAUCUACGAGGACCCCAAGAUCACGCGGACGGAGCUGACGGUGCGUAUGGAGCAUGCGUUUUUGAUCGGCACGCGGGCGCAGGAUGUCGAGACGCGCAACAAGUUCUUGUCUAUCUUUGACAAGUCGCUGUCCAAGACGGCCAGCGCGCGGCUGAGUUAUAUUAUCUUGUCGCAGAACUGGGACACGCUUGCGGACUCGUACUGGCUCGCGCAGGCCACGCAGUUGUUGCUGGGUGGCGUGGAUACAAACCCGACCGUUCAGCUGCACGCUGAGGACUUCCGCACACUGCAGCUGUCACAGCUGGCCAACACGUACGCCCGCGAUAGCCGCGAACCAAGCAGCAUGAGCGAUGACAAGUACGAGGCGUUUAUGGCUGGCCACCGACGGUUUGUGGCCGAGUUGGGCGAGGUGCGGGUGCGUGAUAUUCUGGAUCCCAUCACGCAGCUGCAGCAUGUUGAUUCCAGCUUUGCGCACGAACUCUGGGUCGCGCUGUUCCCGAUGUUCUGGUCGGCCACGGCCAAGGAAGACCGGCCCGAUCUCGAGCGCGGGCUUGUCGCGCUGCUGACCAAGGACUACCACUCGCGGCAGAUGGACAAGCGGCCGAACGUCGUGCAGUCGUUACUCGCGGGCGCCGUUAAGACGUGGCCGCUGUGCAAAAUCCCCCCCCACGUGCUCAAGUUCGAGGCUAAGACCUACGACGCUUGGUACACGGCGCUGUAUCAACUGGAGAACUCGGCGCUGCAACCCGAGAUCGACUCGGCCACCGUGCGCGAGAGCAAUCUGGACGCGCUGGUGGACCUGUACGCGUCGCUUGGGGAGGAUGAUUUGUUCUACGGCACGUGGCGCCGGCGCUGCCAGUUCGUCGAGACCAACGCGGCGCUGUCGUAUGAGCAGCACGGCAUGUGGGAGAAGGCGCAGCGCAUGUAUGAGACGGCGCAGAUCAAGGCGCGCACGGGGGUGAUUCCGUUCUCCGAGUCGGAGUACAUGCUGUGGGAGGACCACUGGGUGCUGUGCGCGCAGAAGCUGCAGCAGUGGGAGGUGCUGCAGGAUUUUGCUAAGCAUGAGAACUUUCAGGAUCUGUUGCUGGAGUGUGCGUGGCGGAACCCGGAGUACUGGCAAAAUCAGGAGAACCGCGACCAGCUGGACACGCUCAUCAAGGGGGUCAUGGAUGCGCCCACGCCGCGCCGGUCUUUCUUCCAGGCCUUCAUGUCGCUGCUGAAGCUGCACAACAAGCAGGAGACCAUGCCGGACUUUAGUCGGGUGGUUGAUGAGGCGAUUCAGUUGUCAAUUCGCAAAUGGCACCAGCUGCCAAAGCGGCUGACGUCGGCUCAUAUCCCGGUGCUCCAGAACUUCCAGCAGCUGGUCGAGCUGCACGAUGCUAGCGUCAUCUCGCAGAGCCUCAACAGCACCAUCGCCAGUAAUCUUGAUGUCAAGUCUGGCGAGCUGAAGUUGCUGCUGGGCUCAUGGCGCGAUCGCCUGCCCAAUCCGUGGGACGACAUCGUGGCCUGGCAAGAUCUGGUUACAUGGCGCCAGCACAUCUUUGGGUUGAUCAACGGGACGUACUUGGGGUUGGUGCCGCAGCAGCCGCAGAAUCCCGGGGGGGUGUCGUUUGCGUAUCGGGGUUAUCACGAGACGGCGUGGAUCAUCAACCGGUUCGCGCACGUCGCGCGCAAGCACGCACUCCCCGAGGUGUGCAUCAACCAGCUCAGCCGCAUCUACACGCUGCCCAACAUCGAGAUCCAAGAGGCGUUCCUCAAGCUGCGCGAGCAGGCCAAGUGCCACUACCAGAACCCGGACGAACUCACCAGCGGCCUGGACGUCAUCAACAACACCAACCUCAACUACUUCAGCGCCCCGCAAAAGGCCGAGUUCUACACCCUCAAGGGCAUGUUCCUCGAGAAGCUCAACCAAAAGGAAGAAGCCGACAGCGCCUACGGCACCGCUCUGUACUUCGACAUCACCGCCGCCAAGGCCUGGGCCGAGUGGGGGUACUUUAACGAUCGCAAGUUCAAGGAAAACCCGACCGAUCUGGCCGCCGCCAAACAAGCCCUCACCAGCUACCUUCAGGCCGCGUCCAGCUACAAGGACCACAAGUCGCGCAAGCUGAUCGCCCGCAUCCUGUGGCUGCUGAGUCUAGACGACGCCAACGGCACCAUUGCGUCUGGGUUUGACGAUUUCAAGGGCGAGGUGCUGGUGUGGUGGUGGAUCACUUUUAUUCCGCAGCUGCUGGUCGGGCUGGGGCAUAAGGAGGCGCCUCGCGUGCAGAACAUUUUGCUCAAGAUUGCCAAGACGUAUCCGCAGGCGCUGUAUUUCCAGCUGCGCACCAACAGGGAGGAUAUGUUGGCUAUCAAGAAAAAUCAGGAUGCGAAAGAGCGGGCGAAGAGGGUGCAGCAGCAGCAGGCUGCUGGCAAGGCGAAUGGGUCGGCCCCGGCUUCGGCGUCGGCUUCGGUGUCACCGCAGUUGGCGAAGAAGGAGCCGGGUUCGGCGGGGGGUGCUGAAUCGACGAGUCGGCCGGCUACGGCUAAUGGUGCAGAAGGCAAGACGGAAACCAAGGCUGAGGGCGAGGCUGCUGCUGCUGUCAGCACACCUGUGACGGCUACCGCUCAGACGCCGUCAUCUGCUGGUCCUGCCGGUAAUCCCAAUGCUGGGAAUGCUGGUGAAAGUUCCGGUGCCGCCGGCCAAAAGAAACCCCCUUGGGAACUGACGGAGGAAAUUAUGAGCGUUCUCAAAACGGCGUUCCCGCUGCUCGCACUGUCAAUGGAGACCAUGGUUGACCAGAUCCAGAAGCACUUCAAGUGUCCGCCCGAUGAGGACGCGUAUAGGCUCAUCGUUGCUCUUCUCAACGACGGCCUGGCCUACGUCAGCCGCAUGCCGACCUCGUACGCGCGCGACGUGAAGCUACCCCAGGCGACGGAGAAUAACAUCACCCGCUUCGCCGAAACCAUCCUCCCCAGCCACAUCCGCGGCACCUUCGAGGCCGACUUCGUCAAGGUCAAACCCACCAUGUACGAGUACAUCCACAACCUGCGCAAAUGGCGCGACAAAUUCGAAGAGAAACUCGACCGCCGCACCACGCCCGUCCCCCUCGAAAGCUUCGCCCACUACUCCCCGCACCUCAGCGAGUUCCGCUACCAGAAAUUCGACGACGUCGAGGUCCCCGGUCAAUACCUACAACACAAGGAUAAGAACCAAGACUUUGUCCGCAUCGACCGCUUCCUGCCCGACGUCGACCUGGUGCGCACCAUCGGCGCAUCCCACCGCCGUCUGCAGAUCCGCGGGCACGACGGCAGCGUACACGCGUUUGCGGUCCAACACCCCGCCGCGCGCCACUGUCGCCGUGAGGAACGCAUCCUGCAGCUGUUCCGCCAACUCAACCAGACGCUGGCGGGCAAGAAGGAGAGUCGUCGGCGGGACUUGCAGUUUACCCUCCCGCUGAUGGUGCCGCUGGCGCCGCAUAUUCGCCUAGUACAGGAGGACGUGUCGUAUAUCACGCUGCAGGGGGUGUAUGAGGACCAUUGUCGCCGGCAUGGGAUUCAGAAGGAUGAGCCGGUGUUGUAUACGAUGGAGAAGCUGCGCGGGUUGGUGGAUGCUAAGGGACCGGUACGCUCUUCUUUCCUUAUUUUUAUUACUUCUUUCCCACAGUAUGAUUCUAACAGGUCACAGAAACUAGCCGAGCACGCCGUAACAGCCCGCCUCGAAGUAAUGCGCGCCAUCCAAGAAAAAUUCGUCGACACCACCCUCGCCCUCGAAUACUUCCAAGCCGCCUUCCCCGACUUCGCCGAAUUCUGGCUCUUCCGCCGCCGCUUCUCCUACCAAAUGGCCGCGCUCACCUUCAUGACCUACAUCCUGCACAUCGACAAGCGCUACCCACACAAAAUCAACAUCGCCCGCGGGUCUGGCAACAUCUGGGGGUCCGAACUCAUCUCCUUCAUGGCCACCAACAGACCGUAUUUCCAUAACCAGGAACCUGUGCCGUUCCGGUUGACGCCGAACCUGCAGACGCUUAUGGGCCCGCUGGCGACGGAGGGGAUUUUUGCGAGUGCGAUUAUGGCGAUUGCAAGGUGUUUGACGGAACCGGAGUUUCAGUUGGAACAUGCGCUGACGCUGUUUGUGAGGGAUGAGAUGAUGUUUUGGUUUACUAGCGGUCUUGGAGCGGGUGGCUUGACGGAGGCCCAGCUGAGGGACACGGUGCAAGGGAACAGUGAGAUGAUUGUGAAAAAGGCGGUGUCGCUUGCUCAGGCGCCUGCGGGGAAUCUGCCGGCGCAUCAGACGGUGAUUGAUUUGAUCGCGAAGGCGGUUAAUCCGAUGAAUUUGGCUAUGUGUGAUGCGUUGUGGAUGCCGUAUUUGUAG